AUGCGUGAGUCUACGACAGACUCUGAGAUAACGUUAUCAGGUUCACUCGACUCAUAUUUCCCUACUCCGUAUCGACUUUCCGACGGCCCCUCUCCUCGCAAACGGCCACGAACUGCUUCUCGAACUCCCUCUCGCCCGCCGUCUCGGGGUCCAUCGUCGACACCCUCAGAGGUCAACUAUGCCCGAGAAGAAUCAACUCUGCGGCUGUUUGAUGCGUGGGCCUCUAUAGCGGAACGCUACUCUCGCCCCCUAGGCGAGGACGACGAAGUGGAUCUUCGCACUGGCAAUGUCAUCAAGGAUCGCGGAUUUCUGCGGAGCACCCCUCGCGUGGCCUUCGGGGCUUUCAUACCAGAUGAACAGGAAGAGCCGGACGAAGAUGACUUCGACGAAUUGGAUGCUUUCGGCGAGGGCAGGCGUAUCGGCGGAUGGUCGGUGCCACCGGUGAGGACAACGGACCCGGAGGAUGCGAGAGAGCUCGAGGAAUUUUUAGAGGCUGAACGAGCGAGCAAGAUCUAUGGAGUAGAAGAGGACGAGGAAGAAGAUCAUGAGGAAGACGUCAGCGAUGGACACGGGAGUGGGGAGGAACAAGAAGUCGAGAAUGAGGGGGAAGAACACUACGACUACGAGGAAGAGCUCCGUGACUGGAAGGAGGACGAGGACGAGCAGGAAGCUGAGAGCGUGGAGGGAGAAGAAGCGGACUACGAAGAAGAGGCCGGCGACGAGGUGCAAGAGGCAGAGGUGGUGGAGAACGAAGACGGGGACGGGGAGCAGGGAGAAGGGGAUGAGGAAGACCAUCUGUCCCGGAAUAAUGCCAUAGCCAGCACAUCAAGAUUAUCAAAACCACAGUCCACCGCAUCCUCCAGAAAUUCCGCUACAACGUUCCGCAAGACCGACGACGCUUACGACAGCGACGACGAGUUUGGUGCCUAUAGAAUGGACGAAGCUAGUGCCGUUUACCGCAUUUUGGACCAUGCGCCUACUCCAUAUGUUGAAGACGAUGACCUCGACGACGAUUUGAACGACGACGAAUCCGAAUACGCCGAACUACCACCAUCAUCUUCCCACGGCAACGCGUCAAAAUUGCCUUUGAAUAUCUGUAAGUUGUUAACCAACAUCAUCAAGCAUCUUCCUCAACGUGACAUAGCCCACGUCGUCGCAGCAUGCAAGAGGUUUCUGGAUAUCGGACGCCCCAUACUCUACCAGAGCACCACCCUGGACAAUACCAAGGCGAAUUACCACGAGACAUUUGCGCUCCUAGCCAAAGACUCUGCCCUCGCCAGACAGUGCACUAACUUAACACUCAAAACCAACACGACCGGCCGUUCGUGGACGGCGUGGCUGGAUCACGAUGCUUUGGCGCAAAUGUCCGGAGUGCGAACACUGGUGUUGCAUGGAUAUCCGUUUGAUUCCGCUGAGAGGUUGCAUGCAUUCGAGCAACUGAUCGCAGAACAUUGGAGCUCUCUCUCUGUGAUCGAAGCAUGGUACGAUUGGAAGUACCCUAGAUUCCCCCACGUGCUCGACAACGCGACCUUCAAUGUCAAGGGAUUGAAGCGCGUCGUCUGGAAAGAAAAAGGAUGUUUUCUCUUACAGGGCUUUAACUCCCUCAUCCGGAGCUCGCUCGAGACUCUGGAGGAGAUCAUCUUGCCAAGCGACUUUGACGACUUUGGGUGCGAAGCGGCACUCCCUUUCCUCGCCCUGCGCUUCCCGAAAUUGCGUGUGUUUCACAUUGGUACAUCUGUCGACCCAAGUGAAGUGGAGCUUGAUGAACCGCUGGUCGACUUUCUCCGUGCGCAUAUUGGCAUUACCGAAUUACGCGUGGGUUACUCGUCCGACGACGAGUGGGCCACUGGCCUGUCAGAGGAUAGGAUGGUCGGCGAUAUGCUCCCUGCGUUGAGCUCCCUUGACACUAAUGUAGUCAAUGCGGCGAGGCUGAUGCGCAAGGGGGUUCAGUCGAUGAAGACCUCGCUUCGUAGUUUAUCCGUGGGUCAUGGGCUAGUGCCGUAUCCUGAAGAAGACUUCGAGGUGUUCCGGACGGCCUUGGUGUCGUUUGGAGGAUUACCCGCCCUGGAGCGAUUUAGCUUCAACCCGGGAGAGUCCAUGGGCGACCACACAGAAGAGCUGGUACUCAGAGGAAACUUGUGGUCGAUGCCAAUCAAUGCCGUGUCGGACAUGAUUUCUUCUUUCCAAGGCCUCACUCGGCUAGAGCUACCGUUGAGCCUCUUUUCCAAUCUGGGACAGAAUUGUCAGGAAUUCGCGGCGCAGUGUCCAAAUCUUGAGAGUGUGGUUACAUUUAGAGGAGACAUUGUCACUGUUCAUCGAGACUCAGAUGGUGGACGGGUGACAGUGAGCAUCGAGUCGUAA